UGACUGCUGUGUUUUGCGACGUGUUGUAAACGCUAGUAAGUGUUGUACCUGCUACCGUCGUUAGAUAUUAUCAUUAUUUGCUGAAACUACAUCAACACUUUUAAAAACGUGAAAGAAAACGAUUUAAUUCAUAAGAAUGUAAUUUAUAAUUGAAAAUCGGUUAUAUGUAGGGGUCAUCUCUGUACGAGGUUGCAUGUUGGUGAUGGAGACGUUCGAGGAAUUUUCCAUAACCAUGACGUUGCUUUCCCUACCCGAAACAACUCCUUCCCUUCCGGGACUUUGAAGAGCAGCACCGCUGCUGCCACCAGAGGGUCCUCCACCAACAGGUACCCCUUUAAACAAGAAGCACUUCCGAGUUCACAGACAACAACAACCCAAUAAUGCUAAUGCCCGGGGCGCAAACGGCAACACAACAGAGGACUCGGCCCGCCCGUCACCACAGCUCCCACCGGCCCUCCCCUCGGUGCGUAUCCUCGCCCGGGGUGCGGCCGGCCCACCCAUGCCUGUGAUCCCCAUCCCGCGGAGGGCGCGCAGCUUCCACGGCCCCCACACCACGUGCAUGCACUCGGCCUGCGGCGCCUCCCGCGGCGGCCAGCUGGCGCACGCCACCAAGUACAACAACUUUGACCUGUACCUGCGCUCGCGCUGCAUGUACAGCUUCCUGCGCUUCCUGCUGUACUUCGGCUGCAGCCUGGUGACGUCGCUGCUGUGGGUGGCGCUGUCGGCGCUCUUCCUGGCGCAGUACGCCGGCGUGCGGGCGCUCCUGCGGCUCCAGUACAAGCUGUCCGUCAUCCUCCUGCUGCUGGGACACCGGCGGCUGGACUUUGGCGCCCUCAACGACCUGUUCAUCUACAGCAUGCACGUCACCAUGUUCCUGGUGGGCGGACUGGGCUGGUGCUUCAUGGUGUUUGUGGACAUGUAGCGCCUUGAAGGAGGACGGAGGACAAUGGGACACAUGGUAGACUAGGCUGUGUGUGUGUGUGUGUGUGUGUGUGUGUGUGUGUGUGUGUGUGUGUGUGUGUGUGUGUGUGUGUGUGUGUGUGUGUGUGUGUGUGUGUGUGUGUGUGU